CAAAGAACGUGUCCAAGGUGUACGGACUGGAAAAUGUGAAAAAAAAACAUAUCACCGAAGGGUGUUGUUUACCGUUUAGCAGCUAUCGUUUUUUCGUCAGGCCGGGCGUAUGUUGACGACGUCGAAUUACAGAUAUUUCGUCGGUUUGUUUUGAGUGUGCGUUGUAAAAUUGUCGCCAUUUGUACGCUAAAGUCGACCAGGUCGUCGAAGUGAUCGCACACGCCGUAUAACCCAUCUACAAAAUGUCACACGGCUUCGCGCGUACCACGGUUUUACGAUCUGCUUGAGCGCAUCAGCCAUUUUGUUUGUGUUAACAUCUUUUGGCCGUCGAGUUAACGAGGAAACUCGCAAAUUCCGCUCACAGCCAAAGCAAUCUUGAUGUACUACACCGGAAAUACAAUCCUCUACGUCGGGAUUACAUAACUUGUGAGACAGGAUAAAAUGGUGUUAGUGGUCGGGGCUCGCGGUCCUGGGCACGGAUGGCGGCCCCAAUGAGAGAGGAGCUGGGUGGGGCGGUGGCGGCGUCCACAGACAGUGUUGGAAGUGGCAAUGGCAACAAUAACAAUACAAGCAGUAAUGCAAAUUUUGAAUAUGACGAUAACGAGUGGGAUAUUGGUAUAGGCGAUUUAAUUAUCGACUUAGACGCGGAUAUAGAAAAAACAGGGUCAUCAUCAUCAGCAGCUACAACAGGUGACACACAAAGUGUUAGCAAUAGUGGGACGACGACAGUCGGCUUAUCGGCUGGUGGUGGAGCCAUGUCAGGAGCAGCUGCCACUGCACCUACAGCCAACACAGCUGGCAGCAACAAGACUGCUGUUGAACAUUCAGCAACUGUUGAUAAAGGACUAAAAAUGAAAAUUAAACGAACAAAAACAGGAACUAAGAGCUUUGAAGCUAAACAUGAAAUUGUCAAGCCUGGUGAACAAAAUGGGUCUGUAGCUUCUGGCCAAUCCCAGUCAAGUGGCAGUGCAUCUUCAAAUGAUUCUUCUGGGUCAUCUGUAGAGUCUAAACAAACCGGUAAACAUACAAGUACAUCCAAUGCAAGCUGUUCUACUCCUACAAACAGUACUCCACCGUCAACUGCAAGCUCAGUAAAACGUGGAUCUAGCAGUCACCGUAGGGAUAAAACCAAGGACAAACAACACGGUACAUCCACAAGUGUUGAAAAAUGCCAUAAAGUAAAUUCCAGUUUACCAUCCGAACUAAAUGGCCGAAGCCCUAUUAAUCAAGCUGCUUCAAGAACUAACACAUUCCCAGCCUUGACAAGUAAUACACCAUCAUCUAAUGUAUCUGGUUCGGGACCACAAGUAGGAGACACGGGGACAUCUACUUCUCCAAGUGUGGCUAAUGGGCCUGAACAAAACUUACCAUCUCCAGUUGUUCCUUCAGAUAAUGUCUCGCCUAUUAUAAAGACCUCUACAGUUGUACCUCCUGUAAAACCAAUACAAUCUACUUCGCCACCUCCAGCAAACGUAGUAAAGACUGCCAAUAGUUCAACGUCAGCUAAUGUAAUGGAACAAAAGGAAACUGCAGAUGCUUGUGUUGGUACUAGUAUCAGCGUUGGAACUGUUACGGAACCAGACUGUUUUGGACCAUGUGAGCCUGGAACUCAUGUUAAUUUAGAAGGAAUUGUUUGGAAUGAAAUUGAAGGUGUACUCGUUGUUAAUGUUACAUGGCGAGGAAAAACUUACAUAGGAACAUUAUUAGACUGUACAAGACAUGAUUGGGCUCCGCCCAGAUUUUCUGAAGCAUCGGCUGGAGAACCAGAAUGUAGGUUACCCCAGAAAGGGAGAGGAAAAAGAGGUCGUGCUAGUUUAACAGCUAGUCCCAGUAAUGAUUUGGUUAAUUUUACUGAAACUAGAUCUUCUGUUCAUAGUAAACUUAGAAGUAAUGGAACAAAUAAAUGUAGUACAAACAACAGUUCAAAUCGAAGGGGUACAUCAUCCCCAACACCCACUUCUUUUGUACCACCACGCUCAGAGUCUACGAGUUCUAAUAAAAGAAAGAAACCUCCCGGCUCUGAAGAUGAAACUUCUGGAAAAAAGAUUAAAGCUGAGCCAGCUAGUCCACCUCCUAUGUCACCGACAAUGUUAGAAUGUCCAGACCCUAAUUGUUCUAAAAAAUAUAAAAACGCAAAUGGUUUAAGAUAUCACCAAUCUCAUGCUCAUGGGGCUGCUUUGGAUGACGAAGAUGGUGACACCAAAGAAUCUGGCGGAGCAAGUACAUCUGAAAAUGAAGAUGAUACGAGUCCGGCUUCAGUAAAUAACUCGGCUGCUCAAGAUAUCCCAAAAGAUGAGCAAACAACCUCUAAUAGUCUUGAACAGCCUCCACCCUCGACUACUCCACCUGUUACUGAAUCUGAUCCUCCAGUACCGUUGGCGUCUCCUCCACUUUUAGUUUCUAAGCCGAGUGUACUACGCUUUGGACUUGCGGGUAGUGAAGAGAUCAGUGGAAUACCACCUACAUCAACUACUCCUAUAACAGUUCUUUCAGUUCCCGUUGUUCAAUCAGCCCCUACACCACCACCAUUAUUACAGCCAGCAACAACACCAUUACAAACCGUUGUUCCUACUUCUCAAUCACCACAACCUCAACCGCCUGUUCUACAUGUACAGAAUCCAGCACCACAACAACUACCGUUACCACCCCAAGUACAACCUUUAGCAUUAAAUCAACCUCAAGUUCAAAAAGUACCACAAUUUAAAGUUAAACCUGCAUCUGCUUUAAUGCCGGCUGAAGACAAUACUAAAGGGAAUAAAGAUAGUAAAAAUAAAAUUCCCUCUUCUCAUAAAAAGAAAAAUCGCAAGUCGCCAGCUAGUAGUCCACGGCCUUUUUCAGUUGACCAGCCCCAGUUUGAUAAUGCUAACUGUGGUCGUGAAGAUGUUCAAAGUCCAGCAUAUUCAGAUAUAUCGGAUGAUACUGCCCCAAUUCUUGAAGUUGAAAUGGGCGACAGUGCAAACAAACAAAAAUUAAUCUCUACAGAUAAGAAAUCUGACCAGAACACUGCUCAUUCACCUCAUUCAAUACAACCUUAUAACAUGUAUCCAUCAUACUAUGGUCAACCUCCUUAUUUAAUUCCUUCAUUACAGCCGGCCGAUGUAUCUAAACAAACAAAAGAAGGGGAUAAAUCAAAUCCACAUUCACAAGAUUUAAAAAUGCCAUCAGUUACCGGAGAUAAAGAUAGUAAGAAAGAUGUACCUAAUCAAGCAACUGAUUACCAACAGCAAAAGCUAUUGCAACAAUAUUUUACUUAUGAUGCUUUCGUUCAGAAUUAUCCAUAUAAUAUGGGGCCUGGAUAUCCAAUGUCAAUGGUUCAAGACAAAGAUUUGAAUAAAGAUGAUAAAAAUCAUCAGUCAUCAAUGGUUGGUCCAUUAAAUGUUUCUCAGUCCAACAAAAUUAAGUCUGAACCGGUUAUUCCAAAAGAUAAAUCUUUACAUCAAAAUGAAAACCAUCAAAUUAUGAAAGAAAGUAUUGAAAUGAAGUCUCAAAUGAAUUCUGCAUACAUGUUUUCACGUCAGCAGCAGCAACAACAGCAGCAGCAACAACAACAGCAGCAACAACAACAACAGCAACAUCAGCAACAACAACAGCAGCAGCAACAACAACUGCAGCAGCAGCAACAACAACAGGAAGAUGUAAGACGUUAUUACGGUUAUCCGGAUCAAAGGCGCAAGGAGCAUGGAUCUAGUGAUCAUCCACAUGCUAAAUCAAAUACACAAACUACCCCAACUAAACACUCGAUGCCAUCAAAUAUGGUACACAAACAUAAAGAAAAGCACGAUGAUAAAAAAGAUGAAAAAUUGAGUAAAUCUUCUUCUCAUAUGUCUGAAGGUGUUAAGCCUACAAUGGAAACACAAGGUCCUCCGCCUCCACCCACUUCAUCAUAUGCCUAUAUCCAUCCAGGUUUCAUGCAGGCGUCUCAUUUUCCUGGCGCUUUAGCAUUUGAUCCGAUGUAUAGGAGUGCAAUGAAUCCAAUGUUGGUGCCGGGACCUUACGGCAAUACACCGCCACCUCCUUACUUACACCCUCAGAUACAUGCACAGAUGCAGCGGUAUCAUGCUCCUGAAGAUCUCUCUCGACCACCAGUUUCGACUCAGUCCUCCACUCCUACACAGUCUCCAUCUGGGCCAAAAGCGCUCGAUCUCUUACACCAUCAUGCUAGUCAAUAUUAUUCUUCCCAUAAAAUACACGAAUUACAAGAACGUGCCAUAAAGUCGCCUACACCGAAAACGAAUGCCCAACCAGGUCUUCCGCCAGCUCCCUCUCCCGGAACACGACAAUCACCAUCAUUAGCAACAACUGGAAUUACUCCAUCUGCUACGGAACGUUCUACUUCUGUUGGACCGCCUUCAGUAAACCAGCCUUCUAGUAAACCAGGGUCGACGGGGGAUCCUAAAGAUUGCCGUUCACCUCCUCCCCAAAGGCAUGUACAUACUCAUCAUCAUACACACGUAGGUCUUGGAUACCCAUUGUAUCCAGCUCCUUACACUGGUAAGCCUUUAUAAUAAUUGUGCGUGUGACUAGUGCCCCAAAUUAUCGAUUAGUUAUCGACGUAUCAAUUUUUAUUAUUUCAAUAUAAUUGAUCUCCCGGGACAUAGUUAACGACUAAUUUCAUUCUUAUAAGGAUUUUAAUGGAUGUUAUAGGAUAUUAUUGUUAUUUUAUAACUCUUUAAUAAAUCGAUUAAACUGGCUAUUAUUUAUCUGACCAAAACUUCUUGCAUAAUUUAUUUAUUUAUUUGGCUUUGAUUGCCAAUUUAUAUUUUUGCUCAUAAAGUACAAAUUGGCGUAUUGAUAGUUUUAGUAUAGUAUAAUGACAAUUUUUAGAUGAUCAUACUAAUUAAAAUAUAAUUAACAUGCGCUUCCUCUUACAUUUAAAAUUGUAUCAAGACUUAAAAAAAAUAUAUAGAAACUAUGCCGAUUUGAGCAUUUUAGUUGUCCAACUACAAAGUGGCUACAACAUUUAAUUCUAUAUUUGUACUCAUAUUUCAAAUUUUGUAUUCUUUGAAAUGGAAACAUAAUACAUCUAUAUAGACGAGUUUGAUCAAAGAUAAUGAUUGUUUACCUUAAUUUUUAGCUAAUCAUUAUUUUAUAAAAUUAUAAUUAUUAUUUAUUAUAUUUUUUGUAACUUUUAUUAUUUUUAACUGUACAUUUUUUUUUUUUGUAGAAUUGUAAUUUUAUAUAUAUUAUAUACAUAUAUAUUUAAAAAAUCAGGAUUGGGUUUUCCUGAGAUUGGGGGUGGUUGUUGACUGUUGUAUUAUAAUGAUACUAUUAGUAUAGCAUCACUCAAUUGGUAAUGUUGGGUUGGUCGUUGUGCUUGCUUCAAAUUGAUUUUUCUGCUGUUUUCCAUAAAUAUUUUUCACUUAAUUUUUCAAAGGCUGUGAUAUCGAAUCAAGGAGAAGGAUUUGGUUUUAAAGUCUUUUAGGUAUACACAUUAUUAUAUAUUCUUAUAUAACUUAAAAAUAUUGUAUGUAUAUUAGUGUAUAAAAAAUAAAAAUUAUAUAUACAUAAUCAUUCUGUUUGUAAUCAUUCAUAAUAAUAAUCUUAUUAAUAUACAUAAAUUGGGUAUGUUUGACAUGAAAAUUGCCCGACCAAAAUA